ACAGCCUUCGCACACAUUUAUCCUCCUUUGCUGCUACAGAAAUAUGGGGUAUGUUCUUGCUGCCGUUGGGUACAUCGCGGGUUACAUGGCCAUCCUGUUUCAGACCAUAUGCAUCGCAUGCGGACUCUACUACGCUGCAGAGCUCGCGGAGGAAUACGCGUCGGCCACCAAGCGGAUGAUCAUGUGGUCAAUCUCCGCCGUCGUCGGUGUCCAUGUCCUCCUCUAUUUCGAAUCCUUCCCACUCCUGGUCCUCUUGGGCGGUAUUGCGUGCCACGGGGCUUAUACCUGGCUGUUGAUGGAUUUUCCAAAGGUAGAGAUAUUCAGUUAUAAGUUUUUGUUGGGCCUGGUCGCACUCUGUGCCGAUCAUUACAUCUGGUUUCAGUACCUUCACGGCCGUCCUUCCAUCGUCCCGAGUGCCCUAACAAGCAUUCAAAGGCACUAG